AUGCCACUCCACACACCGCCGCCCUCGCUCUUGCGAUCCCUCAACCACCUCGACUCCUGCGCCGACGACAACGAGCCCGCGUCGUUUCCGAUCGUCGCGUGGCUUGAGAGCUUGCCGCCAUCGCUGCCGUUGCCGUCACCGCCGCUAUCGCCGAAGAGAAAGCGCACGCUCAGCACCAUGGCCGGCGGCCAGUCCAAUGCGAAGCGUCGCCGAACGGGCGAUCAGAACGAGGCAGAGGACGACCAAGAAGAGAGUCUCGACACAACGCCGCGCGCCGGUCGGAGCAGAAGCAACAAGAGCACCAAAUCCACAACAACGUCGACAGAUACUGCAGAGAGCAUCUCGGUAGGCUCGGGGAGGUCCGUUAAGCAGCUUGGCGACACUUUCUUUGCCGCCGAGCCCAUUGUAGCCAAGGACUAUGAUCCGGAUGACAUCCCGGCGAGCUUGUCAGCCAUGUUCAAGCAAAUCAAGCGCUUCAGCCGCGGUAUUGGUGUCCUACCAGCCCGGCUUAUGGCCUCCUCUCCUCUCCUCCAAGACGACGACGACGGGUACCUCGCCUUCGACACCGACAACUCGCGCGACCGCUUUGGCCCAGUCCCCUCCCAGUAUACAAUCAACCGCAUCGUGCACCGCACCAAAGCCACCCGCGACCACUGCGAAGCCGAGUGGAACUGCCAUCUGCAUACCGCCAUCUUGACUGCCGCCUUCGAAAACACGACGUUCGAUAACGCCAUCGACUUCCACAACUGCAGUGCAGCCCGGAUUGAGAAGCGCCUGCUCCCAGCAUAUGGCAGCCAGAAGUCAUGCCAGGUCGACUUUGCGGUGGUGCUGCAGACGGAUGCGCAGGAGCUGGAUGUCAUGCGCGCGCUCGCGGCCGGGAACAUCGACUUUUCGAUCAACCAGACGCUUUACACGCCCUUCAAGCGCGCACCCGUUGCUAUAAGCUUGGAGACAAAGGUUACCGGGGAGAAGUGGCGCCCCGCGGAACUGCAGGUCGGCAUCUGGGUCGCCGCGCAGUUCAAGCGGUUGCAGGAGCUGCUGGAGGCAGGGGAGAAGGACGGCGACGCCGUGGAACCGCUUCCUGCGCUGCCGCUGCUGGUUAUCCAGGGCCGGAAUUGGCAUUUCCUCAUGGCGGAGCGCAGGCGUGGACAGGGCGAGCAGACGACGAUAUGGGGCCCCAUCCAGUUCGGCGACUCGUGCAGCAAGCUCGGCGUCUAUCAGAUUAUUGCGACGCUUCAAUACCUUGGCAAAUGGGCGACGACGGAGUACCGUGAGUGGUUUGACAGGAAGGUGCUUCGUGUGCCUGCGGCGACAGCGGCGGGUUCCGCGACGGGAACUGGCAUAGACACAGAGCCUCGAACGAGCGGAGGACUUGAAGCAAACGGCGUGGCGACGGACACUAGGCCUGGGGCACAGGCGAACGCCGAGCAGGAAGCGGAUAGUGAUACGAUAGGGCAUAGAGAUGAGGACGAACUCCAUCCUGCUUAA